AUGGUCACCCAGCACGACAUGGACGAUAUCUCGCGAAAAUUGUUCAACCCAUUCAUCCUUGUGCUCGACGCGUGGACCUUCCAGCACCUCGUGUUGGUGUAUUACCCACGUCGGAAGGAAUUCCGAGUAUGGCUUCUCGUGCUGGCCUCCUUUAUUGGCUUUGCAACGCACUUGUAUGUGUACGACGACCACGACACAAUAUCCAUGGCCAACACUGUAUCCAAGACAUGCCUCCAAAUGACAUUCAUCAUCCAGAUCACUAUCAUCGGUCGCGAUGUUUGUGUCAAGGUCAAGCUUCUGUCCAUUCGCUGGCUCACUUAUAUUGCGGAGGCUUUAGUCGUGCUGGGGUGUCUUCAAGUGCUCGCUUCUUUGCUGGAGAUAACUGGUGUGAGAAGUAGGGGCACAAUCCACUUGCUCGGCAAUAUCCUCGAGACCAUCUCGCUGGUGUUCGUGCUGGUGUUUCACUUCUACUACUUGUCGCUCUCUCGCGGCUGCCGUCGACUGAUAACGGAGCGCAAGUUCGAGAUCCUUCUGUACACAUGCUUCGCCAUCCACGAGUUCCCGUUCAUGCUGCUUGAGCACCAUACUGGCGUCACGUGGGAGUUCGCGCAGGGACUUUGCAACCGCGUGGUACUCGCGGCGUGUAUUUUGCAGAACAUCCGCAAGAAGGCAGUUCCCAGCGGUGGCAGCUCCGCCGUCUUCAAGAGCAAGAGGAGCUCCAUCCUUGGGUCAUUUACGUCGGCGCGAGGGUCCUUCCUAAAGCCGAAAGCAAAUACCGAUACUCAAGAAUCACGAGCCAUCUCCUACUCAAGUGGAACUUUGAUGAAGAUUGUCCCAAGGCGCAAUGGCGAGACGUCCGUGUGCUUGCUCCUCUUCGCGGAUCUGCUCUCCUUCAUGACCCACGUAUACUUCCACCAAGACCUCGACGUCAUGCUGGCUUUGAACGGAGUCUCCGAGACCAGUCUGCAGUUGACUUUCCUCAUCCAGAUCACCAUCAUCGGCCGUGCGGUAGGUCGCAAAGUGAAGCUUCGGUCCAUCGCCCGACUGACUCGCGCCGCCGAAGUUCUCAUCUUGUUGGGGUGGCUGCACGUAUUUGUCUCUAUCCUCGAGGCUUCGGGCGUGAGCACGCACGACCGACUGCACUUGAUCGGGAACGUGUUGGAGUCUGUAUCGCUCAUCUUCGUGGUGGCCUUCCGCUUCUUCUACUUUGAGAAAAAGCUCGAGUUAGCGCUCUACAGCGCGUUCGCUCUCCAUGAAGUUCCGUUCUCCCUUCUGGAGCACCACGCAGGCGUGAAGAACGAGUUUGCUCAGGGAAUAUGCAACCGCCUGCUCAUCAUGGCCUGCAUCCUGCUCAACAUCCACCAGAAAGCGCGUCCAAGAAGCCACGGCAGCUACAAGAGCAAACGCGAGUCUCUCACGAACAAUCGGGGGUCAGUCGCAUCGUCGAGGGGGUCCUUGAUCAAGGUGCCUACGGGAAGGCUCAGCGUGGACAUUCCAACCUCCUUGGUGUCGUCUCGAGCGUCCUUCACCUCCUUCCACACGACCACAGUCAAGCACAACUCGAAUCCAGCCUUGUCAGGGUUCCCCGACAUCGCCAAAAUUGCGGUGACUUCGAUCCAGCAAAGUGGUGAUGUACUGGAGGUAUCGACCAGUUGA